GGUACCAAGCUUAUUAAAACGGUGGUGCGCUUGAGGUAUAGUCGUAGAACCAAUAUUCGCGUUCACUUUUUCCUUAAGUCACCGCGCGAUUCGGAUCGAGUACUUUCUUGUGGGUAUCAAUCGGUUUUUCUUUGGGUGUUGGUCCAGAGGUGGAUCGUUACAAAAAACAGCAAUUUCGUUAAAUUGAUUUUCAUAAAAGGUGAAACAUGGCCAGCCUCACAAGAUGGUACAGCGACUUUAUGAGACACUAUCAGGAUCCAUGGACAAAAGAUUGGUUCCUGGUGGGCAGCGCUGGAAAAUUGGCCCUAAUUCUGAUAGCUUAUCUGCUUUUCUGCAUGAAAAUCGGACCCAGUUUCAUGAAAGAUCGAAAACCCUUUAAACUAACUCGCACGAUACAACUUUAUAACAUUUUUCAAGUCUUUGCCAACGCCUAUUUAGUUUAUGAGGGAAUUCAGAGCGGAUGGUUUACAAAGUACAGCUUUAAGUGCGAACCAGUGGAUUAUAGUGAAUCCGAAUCGGCUCAUAGGAUGAGGAGCGCCGUAUGGACUUACUACAUAAUCAAGCUUACCGACCUUUUGGAUACCGUGUUUUUCGUGCUAAGAAAAAAGUACAACCAAGUAACGUUUCUUCAUAUGUACCAUCACAGCAUCAUGCCCUUUUGCUCAUACAUUGGAGUCACUUUUGUGCCAGGUGGACAUGGAUCUUUGAUGGGUGUCUGCAACGCUUGCGUCCACGUGGUUUUAUACUCUUACUAUUUCCUCGCCUCCUUAGGACCCGAAAUGCAGAAAUACCUCUGGUGGAAAAAAUACGUGACCAAAAUGCAAUUGGUGCAGUUUCUCAUCAUCCUCACCCACAACCUUCAAGUGAUCCCAAGAGAUUGUUCGUACCCAAAAACUUUCAACAUACUCCUAUCGAUCCAGGCGGGAUAUUUCAUAUAUUUAUUCGGGUCGUUCUACGUCAGGGCGUAUAUAGAAAAAAAGCCCCAACCCACCAUCAUCAAAGUGGAAACCCAGGCGAAAGUGGAGGAGAAUGGAAACACGAUCAUCUCAAAUGGAAAAUAUGCCAAUGGAACGCACCUAACCAAUGGAAGUGCUGUUGUUAGCAAUGGAAAGGCGAAAACUAACUAAAAAAGUUGUUGGAGGACAUUCUAGGAGAUAAUUCAAGUUACUUUAGGUGGAUGGUGCAGAAUAACCUGAGCACAAUCUGUGAUAGUUUAUUCCACUGGAUAGAAGUGUGUUUAACAGGAACCUUUGUUAAAUGGAAGUGAAAUUUUUGUUUUCUGGUUGCAUGAAAUAAACUCGAUUUUUGUUUUCAAA